AUGUCUACAGAUAAAUUAGCAGACGAAAAAGGGACGAUACCUUCAAAUAGAUAUACACUGGGUAACAUGAAUAAUAGUACCGGUGAUACGGGCUCAGUGGAACAGAGAAUAGCUCCUAGCAUGUCGCAUAAAUCAUCCCACCCAUAUGGACAAACCUCGAUACAAAUGCAUGGUGAUUUAAACAACCAAGGGAGAAGUAUUCCAAACAAGUAUCCAAACAUAAAACCGGCUAUUAGUAUUAAGCCAAAACCGGUUCCGAUUGCCGUGUCGACGCCUGAUAAACCUAUCACGACAAAUUUUGAUAUGAACUCGAAGUCCACCUUGAAGUCUGAUAUUUCAUUGAAUAUCAACACGUCGAAGAAGUGGGUUCUACCACCUAGGCCACGCCCAGGAAGAAAACCAACCGCAAAUGGUGAAGAUUCAGGUAAUGACAUCGUGAAUGCCGCAUCAACAACUGCAUCUAUAAAUUCGAAAACAAAUAGAAACAAUGGAAAGAAGAAAGUCAAAAUAGGUCAUAACGAAGCCAUAAAGAUAGAGGAUAGUGAUAUAAGGCUUAACGAAGGUCCCGAUACUCCUAAGCCAGCUAAUAUGACUAAUGCUUCUCUCCAUAUACCUAAGCCGGUGGAAAGAUCAGAUCCUAACCAAGUGGCUGAUUUGAAAAUGAACUAUUUGUCGAAAUUGAAAGAACAAGAGCUUAUCAGGAAUUAUAUCGAAGUAAUCAAUAACCAAAUUAACGAACUAAAGUUUGUUCAAAAUGGGGUUAUAACUUUUGAUGCACUUAAUAGCGAUAAUGAAACUAGACCGCAGAAGAUGAACCAAGAGAAUACACCGAUUACGAAAAGUAUAACCCAACCUAAGUCAGCCAUGUCACAAUACGAACAACUAGAAAAAAUUAAUAAUAUGAACGAUUUAAAUAAGUUUUUGGCAUACUUAACGAGAUCUUCAAACAUCAUUCAUAGUGCUACUAAAAAGUUUAUCGGGGAUAAUACGAGUGAUGGUAACUUAAAUAAUCAAAUCCAAAACUAUCUUGAUAUUCGGGCAACAUACAAAUUGAGCAGGAAUCAAGAGUUAAAGGAAAUCGAAAGGGCAAAACAUGAAAAGCGUACAUUAAAAGAAGGUAAUAGGAGGAAUAUAGGUGCGAAUAAUAUGUUCAUACCAACUUUGUUAAAGCCCUUAAAUCAGAGCAUUGAGUCACAAGAUGAAAUUGGAGUUAAUAUUGUUGAAGAAGACCAAAAUUUUGUAAAUCAAGGAGAUUUCUUGGACAAAUUAAUAAUUAAGGACGAAGCAGAAGAUAUUGUGAGAAGCAACGAAUUAAUACAGGAACAUGAAGAAAUAGAGAAGUCUAUGGCUAAGAAAUCUGUUUCAUUAAAGAAACAGAAAAACUUCACCUGUGGAUUCUGCACGAAUGAUUCAUGCUUAUGUUUAGACUCAGAGAUUGAGCUUAGCCAGUUCAAAAAAUGA